AUAUAAACUGGCAGUUUUCUUGUGAUUGGUGCUUUCGGUGAUGGUGAGUCAGCCUAUGUUGUGAAAUAGCUGAGCAGUCCUUAAAUUGUUGAAGCGAAUGUCUACAGGAGCCGAUUUCCAAGCACAGCGCAGCGGCUCACCAUGGCUCUCUUUUCUUCUGUGACCCCUGUUAUUAUUGCACUGAUAUGCAUUUGCUUGGCUGCCCUGUGGAGCAGUAGGUGGAAAGCAAGGAGAGAUCGAAAAGUGGAAACUGAAGACAGAGUUAAUGCCAAACCCUGGGCGGAUGAAGAUCUGCGAGAUGAGACAGAGCUCGCAGUGGACGAGAAGGCUGGGAGUUUUCUUAAUGAUGACCUUGAGGUGCAGCAUAUUCCAUAUUCACCACAGCGUUACUCAGAGGAUGAAAUGAUCCGCAGAGCCAAUGAGUUUUACCAUCUGAUGAAUGCACGGAGAAGUGUCCGCUUUAUCAGCGAAGAAGCAGUACCCAGGGAGGUGAUUGACAACGUCAUUAGGACAGCAGGUACUGCUCCAAGUGGAGCGCAUACAGAGCCCUGGACCUUUGUAGUCAUACAAGACCCAGAGACAAAGCAUCAAAUUCGUGAAAUAAUUGAAGAGGAAGAAGAGAUUAACUAUAUGAAAAGGAUGGGAAAGAAAUGGGUCUCUGACUUAAGAAAAAUGAGGACAAACUGGAUUAAAGACUACCUUGAUACUGCACCCUAUCUCAUCCUCGUAUUUAAACAAAUUUAUGGAAUCCUACCCACUGGCAAGAAGACUCACUAUUACAAUGAGAUCAGUGUUUCAAUUUCCUGUGGUAUUCUCUUGGCAGCUCUGCAGAAUGCUGGUCUUGUGACAGUCACUACAACUCCUCUGAACUGUGGUCCUCGGGUGCGUGUUCUUCUUGGGCGCCCAGAGAAUGAAAAGCUGCUGCUGCUGUUGCCAGUUGGUUACCCAGCAAAAGAUGCUACUGUACCAGAUUUUAAACGCAAGCCACUAGAUGAGAUUAUGGUGUCUGUGUGACUUGAAGUGUGUGGAAAAGUCUGCAGACUGUUUCUAGCACUUUAGUAGUUUGAAUGUCUCAAUAAAAGCCUGCGAAGACAGGACUGCACCUUAACCAAUCACGUAAUGUUGGAAAUCACUUUGUGAAUCCAAAUGCCUAAACCAAAUACUUAAUUUAAAAAAAAAACCCAAAUCCCAAUAUUUCAAAAGUACUCAAACUCUCCAUAAUAGCAUGACUUCCUUGAAGCUAGCAAAACUGAACCUGAAAUGUCAUAAACCUUGUUCUCACUUCCACUAAGAGCAAAGCUGUGAAAAUCUGCCUAGUGGGGUGGCUUGCAACACAGACUGGCAAUGGCAAUUUGUUGACCUAGGAGGUUAUUCCAAAGGGAGAGAAAGGGCUUUAACCAAGACAGAACCAGUAGAUCAUAAAUAACCAUAAUUAGUUAGAUAUAAAGGGAAAAGAACUAAAGAGACUUCUAAACUAAGUAAUGAGGAAGGUCAUCUGCAGUCCUGUACCAUUUAACGCCAUGAUAUUUUCAAAUGACCUGCACAACCCGCACUAUGUGAGAGAAGUGUCUAUAGUUACUCAAGCUUGGGGUCCCUAGUAUUGUGGAGCACCAGGAGCCACUGCAAGGCAUACAGGAUGAGAAUUUCCUGCAGAAUUGGUUCUAGGAAGUGGUCCCACCUGAUUACAAGUUGUUGAGGAGAAUAUGAAGAGAGUGGCCUAGCUACCACCAGGAUAGGAAGGGGUAGUCAGAAUAGGAAUCUUUUGAGUGUGUGACUCUCAAAACAGGUCAGGUGCCAUAGAAGAUGAUGAUAUCUCAGAACUGCAGCUGAGAACUCUUCCUCAGCAAUGUGGAGCAAAGCACUACUUAGCACAGGAGUGUGGCAAAACAUAGAAAUGCAGUGGUCAUAAGGAAUAUGUUAUUCAGAGGGCUGGGCAGGUAUUUCUGUCACUACUGAUAUGAGGGCUGCACAGUGCCUCACCUCUCUGAUGCUAGGGUGAAGAACUUCACUGAGAGGAUGCAAAAUAUUUUGAGGGGAGAAAGUGAACAACCAGAAGUCAUGGUGCACAUGGGAACCAAAGCAAUAGGAAGAAGGGGCUCUAAUCCUGCAAUCAGAGUUUCAGGCUCUCUUGAGGAAAUUAAGGAGCAGCAUCUGUAAGUUAGUAAAUCUUAGGACCACUCCCACUGCCACAUAUUUGAGUCUGUAGGAACAGAAUGAUAAAGCCGUUUAACACAUGGCUUGAGAAAUGGUGUAAGUGGCCUACCUCAAAGAAUUGAAGGAUUUGGACCUUAGUAUUCAAGAAGGCAUUCCAAAGAGAUAGGGAAUGAAAAAAAAUGAACUGGAAUGGUGGCAGUAUUGAUCAACAAAACUAUCGUAACACUAAAGAGAAUGAUAUAAUUCAGACAAAGGUAGAAUCUAUUUGAUUUAAACUGGAGCCAUUACACACCUAGGUGAACACUAUAAGUCAUCAGAUAGUGAGAGGGAAUUGGAGGGGCCAAAGUUGCAGAACAGAGUCUUCAGACUACAAUAAGUACAGAAUGUUGAUACUGGAGACUUCAAUCAUCCAUAAUUAUAGACCAGGACAGUAACAACAUGAAGAGAUGCAACUCCCAAAAUGUCUACAGGAGUAUUUUCUUGAUCUGUACGUUUGCAACCCUAUGUAGAAAGAGGUGGUGAUGGUUGUAGUUCUAGAGGAUAACGUGGUGCAAGUGGGCCAUCUUUCAGUUCGGUAUAUUUGGGGAACAGUGACCAUAAUAUGAUUUGGAACUGUUCUGUUAUGAAUAUAGCAGAAUUGUUAUUGAAAAGGACAAAAAGCAAUGAUGUAUAAACAUACUUAAGUGGAGGACAGGAAUAUUCACUGAGUUAAAAGGUAUCUGGCUACAGGUGGGUUGGGAUUAAAAAUUGGUGGCAAAACAAUAACAGAAUGAUGAGAGGUUUUCAAAGCAGAGGUUGCUCAAACACAGAAUAGUCAGAUUCCCAUGGGUGAAAUUGGAAGAAAGGAGAAAAGUUCCAGACUUUAAGCUUUUCUGAUGACUAAAGUUAUAACAGUGAAAAUAGUGAAAAGACAUUACUCUGUUGAAUUACUAAAAAAUAUAAUGCAGUAAUUAAACCAGUAGUCAUCAAUUGUUCCAAAAUAGGCAACAUCCCAAAAACACUCACUUUGGCAAAAUGCACUUUAGUGCAACAGCUAUGGUUUUCAUGUGUUGUUGCUCUCCAGUCCAGAUGAAAGAAACAAUGUGCCUUUAUUGAUUUUUAAGAGGAUGCCUAUGGUUCUUUUAUCUCACUACAAGAAAAAGCCCAUGGGGAUCUCAAAAGCUGCUUACCAACUGCCUGUCUGAAGGAGACAUUUCAGUACAAGAUGACCAGGACAGAACUUAUCUCUCUCAAAGGCACAGUACCAUCAUUUUAGACAGAGAACUUUCACAUCUUCAUGCUGUAGCAUCAAAACCAAACUCUCCCUCUCAGAAUCACAGUCUAAAACCCAGUUCAAACUCUUUGGCCCCUGUUGUGUUUUACCAUCAUGUUCUCACCCAGGCUUGUUGGCACCAUUUCUCAGGCACUGACCUCAUUAAUGGCCAAACAUCUGCUAUCUAGUUAGACAUAAUGCUUUUCCCCAUUGUCCAAUAGUCUGUAGAAUCUUUUGAAUGAGAACCAAUUUGGAAUUAAUUUCCAGGCCUGUCCUUUCAAACAAAGAUUUGCUUGUUUGUCCCUUUUUCAGCACAAGAUCCUGCUCACAGUCCAAAGGUCAUUUUCAGCUCACAGUUCACAGCUGUAAACCAAAAUUGGUAUAGUGAUAAAAAUAAAUGAGGGUUCUAAUGUAGUAUUGAGGAGAAAGGCCAAUUAGUGUUAGGGAAGCUUUUAGAAAAAGUAAUUUGGGAUAAAAUUAAUAUCCAUUUUGAAAAUUGAGCAAAUAAAUGAAAGUGAAUUCAGAUUUGUUAAAAAUAAUGGUUAAUGAACUUAAUUGAAUUAGGUGAAGAAAUAAUUUUCAGGAGUGAUGAAGGUAGUAUAUGGACUUUGCGCUGUUCCACAUUAUAGGGUUGCAAGAAAGGUGAAAGCCUAUAUAAGUAGAUGGAAAUUGGGAUCAUGGAUAUAAAAAGGGAGGUGGACGGAAUACAGAGAUCAGUGUACCUGGUUACUUAUCUACUUAGGGACUCACUGGACUCAUUACAUAAACACAGUGACUGCAAGAGUAGAUCAGUCACAAGGAAAACUGCAGUGAGUAACUGACCUCCUGACUCUCCAAAGCCUGUCCACCGAGACACAAAUCAUGAUUGUGAUGGAAUACUUCCUACUAGCCUGGACGGGUGCAGCUCUAGCAACACUCAGUUGACACCAUCCAGGAUAAAGCAGCCCACUUGAUUGACAACAUAUCCACAAGCAGCACUCCAUCCCCACUGAUGCUUAGUAACAGCAGUGUAUGCUAUCUACAAGAUGCACUGCAGAAAUUCACCAAAGAUUCUGAGACCGCUCUCUGAGCCAAUACCUUUUCUGAAAGUAUACCUCACACGAUGGAACUCCAGCCUCUGCUGUAAUUUUAUUUUUGAAUUCAUUCAUUGGAUCUUGUCAGGUUUCCACACAUUUGUCACCAUGCACCAGCUGCCCUUUUUUUUGUUCUGGCUGCAGAUUUAUCAAGCGGUGUUGAGGGAGUUAUUCACAAGUCUCCACAAUAAGAUUACCAUUGCUGCUCCCACACAAUGCCAGCAAUGGAGCAAUUGUACAUUUACACUAGUGAAUGGGAUGCUUCUUGAUGGUAUGAAACUGAAGGGUUUUUGGAGCUGCACUCUCCCGAGUAAGUGGUGAGUAUUCCAUCACACACCUGCCUUGCACCUUGUAAACAGGAAACAGGCUUUGCUGGGGCUUCAAAGAAUGGGAUACUGGCUGCAAAAUUUCCAGCAUGUUCUUGUGAGCACACUGUACAAAUUGCUGGUCCAGUUUCAUUAUCAGGCAAUUGUCAGCACCUCCACUCCUUAUGUACAUCCCGUCCCCUGAAGAUCCCAUGAACUGAAGUGAGGGAUACACCAAUGAUAAUGUUACUGGAUGUCAAAGUGGGAUGAUUAGAUUGUCGCUCUUUCAGACUGUGGCUGGGGGUUUUUUUCAGGAAUCAACCCAUUCAGGUAGAUUAUUGUACACCUCUGGAGUAAGUGGGACUGUGAACCCAGGAUUUCUGGUUCAAAGGGAGGGACAUUUGUACUGUGCCAAAAGAGGCCCUGUUUACUGACUAGUACUGAUAUUGAGAAAAUGUUACUUGCCACUUGUCAGGCAUGUUUAAAUACAGUCAAGAACUUGCUGCAUAUGUACAGGAGCUGUGUUACUAUCUGAGGAAUUGAUCAGAGAACAGCUUGAAAUCGUGCUGAUGCAGAGAUGAGAAUAUUCUCAGUUAGCUAAGACUUGACAUGCAAACAUGUAUCAAGUUUCAAAGGCAGAAUUCGUUGUUAGCGAUUUAUGCAGCUGUGUCUUGCACUGUUUUCAUUAUUUGACAUAUUUAAUCAUUGAAAUAGCGGAUACAUAUUGCAUUUAUCAAUUUUUCACUGAAUUUAGUCUGAGCCAGUCCAUAAAUGCAUAUGUUUGCACAGGAGCUCAGCAACUGAAAUAUAUCUGCGGAGUAUUCUGCAACAAGAAAGGGAUCAGUGUACCGAUCUGGAUUGUAAUGUUUAUCUAUAAUUCUGGAAAUGAGGAA